AUGAGAGCCAUCUAUCUUUCUUAUAUUGUACUAAGCUUAGCUGGUUUAAUGUUUGAUAUAAAUGAAAGUGUUGAUCCUCAGAAUAUCGUAUGUACAAGUAAGAUCUCAUCAUGUGCUUGUCAGACGGAUGAUGGAAUAAUAGACCUGUCACCAUUAGAUACCAAAGAUCCAUCAAACCCUGCGCUUAAAGAACAGUAUGAUCCCAAUAACAAGAACCACUAUUCCUGGAAUCCUUGUUCUGGGUUCUCAAUGGGGAACUGCACUGAUGUAGCAAGCUGCCAACAGGACAACCAUGAUCACAUCCCUCUAGGCACCCAGGAUGAUGCACAGUUUGUCACUGAUCCUGAUCUAGGUCUAGAAAUAACAUACAGUGCUAGCUGGUACGACACUAUUAGGACAGCUCAUAUACAGCUGCUGUGUGAUCCUACAGCUGAUAGCCCUACAUAUGAUGUACAAGGCGAGACAAAAUCCCGCAACUAUAUGAUCUCUGUAACCAGCAAGUAUUGUUGUCCCCAGCAAGCACCACCUGUAACAUCACCCCCGGCAGGACAGCAACUACUAGGGAUCAGUAUAGGGACAAUCCUAUGUAUAGCACUUGCAGUGAUUGUGCCUACAUAUUUCAUAGUCGGCAUGGCCGUGAUGCACAGAAGGGGGGCUACAGGAACUGCUAUGGUGCCCAACGUGGAGUUCUGGAAAGGAAUCCCAUCUCUUGUUAAGGAUGGCACCAUGUUCCUUGUGACUAAGGUAACCAAGAGAGGAGAAUACAAUAGAAUGUAGUAAACUUCUUCCAAAGUAAAGGACAGACAAACAAAUACCAACAAGUGGAAGCUAUUAGAGCCACAUAAACACAUUCUAUAAAACACUAAAUGUGCUGUUAAUUUUACUUUAUCAAAAGGGGUUGAUAAAACAUUUUCCAUAACUUUUUACAUUUGAACAUAGGCAUAAGUCAACAUUUGAUGUUAUUAGUACCUCACUUGAAAUACUGGAUUCUGAUUAGGUUUGAUAUCCAUUGUUGACAAUUGUGGAAAAACAAAAUUAAUUUUCUAACCCCCCCAACCCCCCCCCCCUCCCCCAUUGUAACAUCUUGAAAUUGCACCAGAUUAUCUAUAUAAAGCCUGUUACCCUUACAAAAUUAACUUUAUUUUUCCAAAACUGUAACAACUGGACACCUUGGAAUACAAUUGCUUGUUUAUCACAAUUUCCAAUCGCAAUAAAAACAAUUGCAUUGCACAUACUGUAUUUGAAAAACAC